AUGGCAAUUUCUCCACAGAAAAUAUCAGAGAUAUUUGAAAAUCUCAACGUCAGUAGCAAUAACGUCACAACACAGUCAAACUCUAGAUUGACAAGAGAGCAGAAGCAUGCUCUACAACUAGAAGCUGACGCCUGCUCAAUUUAUAUAGGAAAUAUUAGUUUGGAUACGACACCGGAGGAAAUUGAUGAGCACUUCAAAUCAUGUGGGGUCAUUAAGAGAAUUACUAUGCUAUAUGAUAAGAACACAGGGCCUUCAAUAGGUUACGCAUAUGUGGAAUUUGAUUCGAUUGAUUCUCGUGAUAAAGCCUUGGAUUUUAAUGGCACAAAUCUGCGACAACAUGUUAUUUCUGUAGAACGGAAAAGAACUAAUAUACCUAACUAUAAGCAAAAUACAUCAAACAAUACAGAUAGUGGUACUGAAAAUAAAAAUACUUGA